UAUAACUCUUUUGUGUGACACAAAAGACAUGGAGGGUCUCAUCUUCCUCUCUUGACUUUCACAUUGCACAGUGCACAUUGCACAAUAACCAGUUUCUUCUACAUUCUUCUUCUCAGCAGUCAACAACACAAAACUGAAAAGAAAGAAGAAGGAUUUGAACAUGGGAAGCAAAAACCUCUUCAAUGAUCAUAAAUCCAUCUCCCUCACUAAGAGAAUUCUCCCCUUAACUCUGUAUACUCUGCUACCACUGACUCUGGUUUCUAUAUACUUGUACCUCCUGUACUUAACUCCAUUUUCAGCAACUGAGCUUCUCCAUUCAAACACCAUCAUCACUUACCACUCUUCUCUUUCUUCCUCUUCUAGUACACCUUCUGCUUCUCCUCCUCUACCUUCUUCUCUUCCUCUUCCUUCACCUUCUACACCUUCUCCUUCUGAUCCUUCUCUACCUUCUUCUGCAGAAAAUGAUAAGGCUUCUGAGAACUCAUGUGACUACUUUAAUGGUGAUUGGGUUCAUGACAUGAGUGGCCCUUUGUACAAUGCUACGACAUGCGGUACGAUCAAAGAAAGUGAGAAUUGUUUCACCAAUGGCAGGCCUGACUCUGGCUAUCUUUACUGGAGAUGGAAACCUAGUGAGUGCAAUCUUCCAAGGUUUGAACCUCACACUUUUCUCAAACUCAUUGAGAACAAGCAUGUAGCUUUUGUUGGGGAUUCUUUAGCUAGGAACCAAAUAGAGUCCCUUCUUUGCAUGUUAGCCACUGCUUCGACGCCAAAACUUGUCUACAGAAUUGGCAAGGACAACCGUCGGUGGCACUUUCCUUCUCACAAUGCAAACUUGUCGAUGUAUUGGUCCCCCUUUCUGGUACAUGGUGUUGAAAGAUCAGAUGAAGGGUCAUAUUACAACACAAUGUAUUUGGAUCAAGCCAAUGAGAGAUGGGCAAGGGAUGUGGAUCAAAUAGACUUGAUUGUGGUUUCAUUUGGGCAUUGGUUUUUGAUCCCUGGAGUUUUCUAUGAGGGUGGUUCUGUUUUGGGUAGCCUAAACUGUCCUGAUCUUAAUCACAUUGAGACUGAUUUUUAUGUUCCAUUGAGAAAGGCUUUAAGAACUACUCUUAAUAGCAUCAUUGAAAGGAAGGUUUCUACGGCUACUGCUAAUGGAAAUAAAAUUGAUGUGAUUGUGAAAACAUUUUCACCAGAUCAUUUUGAAGGUGACUGGGAUAAGGCUGGAACUUGUUCAAAGACUAAGCCUUAUAUGAAAGAGGAGAAGCAACUUGGAGGAAUGGAAAUUGAGAUUAGAAGGAUUGAGAUGGAAGAAGUGGAAAAUGCUAAGGCAAAAGCCAAUGAAUUAGGAGGGUUUAGAUUUGAGGUGAUGGAUAUAACCCAAUUGGCAUUGUUGAGACCAGAUGGCCAUCCUGGUCCUUAUAUGAAAUAUUUUCCAUUUGCUAAUGGGGUUCCAGAGCAUGUGCAGAAUGAUUGUGUUCAUUGGUGUUUGCCAGGGCCCAUAGACACAUGGAAUGAGAUUUUACUCCAGAUGAUGAAGAAGUGGGAGGAGCAGCCACAGAGAGAAUAAUGAGCUAUUCCUCUCCUCAUAUAUAAUGUUAAUAUAUUAUUUAUACUUCAAUCUUUUCACCAUUUAGGUGAUGGGUAUUGCAUUUUAGAAGAGCAUUUUUUGUUUAAAUUUCAGUAUGUAAUGAAGAGAUGUUUUAAUUGAAGAAUGAGCUAAUCCUCUCCUGAUAUAUACUA